AUGCUUUUCGCCGAGGAUGAAUACGUCGAGCGCGAGGUGGAGCUCGAGGCCCCGGAGCUGCCAGGGGGGAAGCUCGUCUUGCGGCUAUUUGGAUGGCCCAUGGGCUGCUCCGGUGAUAUCGUUUGGAGAGGCGCCUGGGGCGCGUUGCAAGCGCUGCUGGCGGAGGCGCCGCGGCUCCGCAACCGCCGUGCCCUGGAGCUGGGCGCCGGCUGCGGGGUGCUGGCCUUCGCUGCAGCAACGCUAGGCGCGCACAGCGUGGCAACGGAUGGGAACGAAGAAGAGCUGCCGCUUUUGGAGAAGAAUGCUGCCAACUUCAGGGAUAGCAACGGGCUCGGCGGCUCCCUGUCGGCGCGGCAGUUGGAGUGGGGCCGUGCUGCUGCCGAGAGGUCGGGCCUCGGCCCCAGAAGCUUCGACUGGAUCCUCGGUUCGGAGAUUGUGUACAUACCCGACUGCAUACCUGAACUGGCAGAGACGUUGGCAUUCUUCCUCGCUGACACAGGCGAGGCGCUGAUUGCCAACACUGCAGUUGCCACGCGCACGGAUCAGGAAGAGGCACGAGAGCUACUUUGCAAGCUGCAGCUCGUUGACACGGUGCGGCCUUUGCUUCGAGCUCCACAUGCCUCCCCGCGUGGCGCCGCCCACGGGCUGCGCCUGGGCACCCUGGCGAGGUGCUGGAGAGACUCAGGGCCUAAGGCGUUGCUUUAA